UCACAAGAUAAAAAUUCUCUCUCUCUCUCUCAUUCACCCACUCUCUCUCUUCCCGAAAGAAUCGAAAGCCUCUUUCUAUUUCUUUCUCUCUCUAGGGUUUCUGCGUCGUGCGCACUCUAAUUCUUCCGGCGAACAAGCAAAAUCGCAGCUCCGAGCUCAGCUCUGUGGCUUCUCCGGUUGAUUCUCCGCCGUACGGUGCCGUUUCGGUGGCGAGCCGUUGGGAAUCGAGGAACCAGAUAUGAGAGAGAGAGAGAGAUCGCGUGCGGUAGUCCACAGGUGAGUUCUGGUGGGCCUUCAUCUUCAUAUCAUUCAUUUUCUCUCCCAGUCGGUGAUUGAUUCCGUCUUGAUCGGUGACCCGUUCUUCGAUGCUCUUCGAUUUCGCGUUCUAGAUAGAUGGAUAGAUACAUAUCAAGCUCACUCUACUGUUUAUGGAAACACUGUUGGUGCUACUAGCUGCUUGUUGUUUGGCUGUGCGGAUGUGCGAGCGUAGUUGAGGACGAUUGUUUGCGUGGUGAUUGUGAUACUGUCGCUGCUGAGUUCAUGGGAUCGUAUAUCCCGAUUAAAUCAAUCACGAUAGAUCUUUCUGACUCUAUUAAUAAGAGAGAUGAAAAUUGCAAAUGUGAACAUUUCUCGAUACGUGGAUAUGUGGCUGAAAUGCGCAAGAAAGACUGGAAACUUUGUUGGCCAUUCCCAGUACUUGACUCUGACAAGCCACCAAUCCUUCCACCAUUAGAGGUACGGAAAUUCAAAUGUUGGCGUUGCCCAGAUGUUCUACAAGAAGUGGCUGGCGCAGACUUUCAUAAAGAUGAUCAAACAGACUUAAAUUGUCAUAGUACUGAGUGCAAAUCUGAUCCCAACUGUAGUAAUGCGCCUCUCAAGUCUGGUAAUCAGCAAGAUCCAGUGCCUGACACUCAUGAGAGAGAAGAAAUUGAUCUUAAUACAACUCUUAGCUGUCUCGAUGGUUGCUUACCAAUUAGUAAUGAGAAAGAAAAGGAAGCCGGUGUUACACUUAACAGAAUAACAGAGAUUGAGGUUGGCUUGGAGGAUAAUCUCAAUCACCAAGAUUCUAAUGUCCCAUCAUCUAAAAGUUAUCCAGGCCUUGCCCAAGAAAUGCACACAACUAACAAUGGCUUUGAAGGUAAUGGAUUUUCUUAUGUGCCGCCUGCUACCAAUGUUGAAUUCCAGGAAAAGGGUUCUGCUGAUAUUUGUAAUGGAGGAACACCUUUGGCUGAUAACCAGGGCCAGAAAAAUUUAGUUAAAGCUUGUUCAGUUUUGGGGCAAGGAACAACAGUAAUGGAGGCCGACAGUAAACAUGAUCCUACAAGCCGGCCUCCUCUUGAAUUAGCUGCUUGUAAUCAGGCCAUGCCUGCUGGAAGUACGGAUGAUAUGGAUGAAAAUGAUGACAAUAUGGUUGAAGAUGAUUUAGAGGAUCAUCAUUUAGAGAAGUCCACUAGUUUGUCUCGUAGAAGACCUCGGAAGGUGCGCUUGAUGACUGACUUGUUAAGUGAAAAUGGUGUAAUGAGGACUGAGCAAAUUGAAAUCCGAGAAUCCCCAUCCAAUGGUAAUUCCAAUGCUUCUGCAUCUUCACAGGCACCCUCAAUUUUACCAGGAAAGGUGGACAUUCAAGGAGAUUUAACUUUGACAAAUACAGGUCAGAGUAGAAAAAGGAAGUCUCUCCAGGAUGAAGUUUGGAGACCAGGUCAGAGAGCUAAAGUUGAAGUUCAGAACUUACAGCGAGAUGCAACAACAACUGAUACUGCUUUUGAUACUAAAUCCAAUUCCAAAGAUGUAAUAGCAGGAGUGGGAUUACAGGAUGCUGCGAAGGGCCACUGGAGUAAACCUGAAACUGAAAGAAGCCAUAUCAUGGGUAAAAAGAAGAACAAAAAGAUUCUAGUUGUAGAUAAUUACUUGACUCCUGAGCCACAAGGGCAGCAAAGAGAAAAUGAGGGCACUAUGGAUACUGCAGAUAAGGCAUAUGCAUCUAAAACUGUUUCCUCUAGAAUAGCUCCUCGUGUGUUGACAGGGAAAAGGAUGGACACUUUUCCUUCCCAUGCCCUAAGAAUAGAGAAUGAGCUCAAUUUGUCCAAAGAAAAGGGGAAGAAGCUGCAAACAGAUUUUUUAUCCUCCCAGAAAAAUGGCAUGCUUGUAGGACAUACAUUUGCACAUUCAGGGAAAAACAUCAGGUCCAGUAUGCCUGUAGACAUUCCAAUUCCUUCAGUUCAGGGGGUGAUGAAUGGAAAAGGACUGGGCGAGGGGCCGCAUCUUUCUCUCGACAGUUAUUUGAUUGCAAAUUACAACAAAAAGUGUAUCCAUCAAACAGAAAAUCGAUUUCCUUUCUCUUUGCCAUUUCAAGAGGGAACUUCGAAAGUACCUCAGUUUAUUAGGAAAGACAAUGAAACCAAUGUUUUUCGAGGCCCAAGCAUUCCUUCCAGGCACACACCAAAUUCUAUUUCUGGAAAGGGAAUCCAUUUUGAAGAAAUGACUGGUGCAGGAAACAGAGAAAAAACUGUUGAAGCGGCGGAACAACUAGGUGUUAUGAAACGAUACGGUGAACGAAAGGCGGAGGUGUCUGAGCAGGGAACAGUAGAUGAUAUACCCAUGGAAAUUGUGGAACUCUUAGCAAAGAAUCAGUACGAGAGGUGUCUCCCUGAUGUAGAAAAUAGUUGCUCCACAUUAGAGAAAUCCUCUGUCAGAAGGAAAUCACAGAUGACAGCUGGCACUACUGGAUACGGUAAAGGGGAGAUGAGCUUCUCAAAAGAGUGCCAGAAGGAGAAACCUCAGGGAAGACCGAAGAAAAGUAACAUUAUCACAAGAGGAGAGAAUGUGAAACCUAGCAAAAGAAAUUCAGCUCAUCACUUUCCUUCAUUUGAUGGAAACAAUUCAGGUGUGAAUAAUCUAUAUCCACCUCAAUCACCCUAUGGAUUUGAAGUUUCUCAGUCCCAAAAGAGGCCAUCAAGUGGAUUCCAAUUUUCACCGGUUUCUAGCCAGCUUGGCAGUGCUAAAAAGUGCAAGUUUAGUGGGAGUCUUGAAGAGCGUGCACCCUCUAAUGCUGCUUGGCAAGGCCUGGGAGGAUGUAGCUUACACAAGAAUAUCUUAUUACAGCAGAAUGAAUGGGCAUCCUUGACCUCAAAUCAUGUUUCCAUAGGGCAUGUCCCCCAAAAGGUUGUUUCUCAGCCUACUAAUAGUAACAUGGACAUAGCUUCACUCCGAUCUGGUCUGCUUCAUAAGCAGAACAUGAAGAGGGAUAUUGAUCUGAACUACAUAAAUAUCAAUGCUGCUGGCUUAGAAAAGCAUAGUAGGAAUGCAGGUACUGGGACCUUCAGCAGGAUGAAUGGAGAAUACACAUUUCCUUGUAAACAUAAUGGAAUGGAGCCUCAUCAAAAUUCGAGGGGAUCCCUGGAUUUUUAUUCUAACGAGACAAUACCUGCCAUGCAUUUACUCAGCCUUAUGGAUGCAGGCAUGCAGACGCGGACGCCCUUCAAUGUGGGAGCAAGUGCUCAAAUGCUUAAAAGACCCUCUUAUCCCGGUGAUUGCAAUACUAAGUUGGAGAUUGGUACAUCUAAGGCCCAUGAUACCCUGAAAAGGCCACCACCUGAUUAUUACAGCAGAAGUUACUUAUCUGAUAAACCCCAUGGUUGUUUUAUUGGCUCUCCAACCUUUGGUGCUUCUGCAUCAACCCAGCCCGAUAAGAACUUAAUAGGGGCUACCGGUUUCAAUGGUGAAAAUUCAACAAAGUUGGGAAAGAAAGAAAAGAUGAAGAGCUCCAACUCAACCCUGCAGAAUGUAGUUAGUAAGCCGUUUAGCUUGCCUCGUCUUGAAAUGGAAACUUCACUGCAGCACAAAUUAGACGCUCAUGGCACUCAAGAAACCCCAGUGCCGUUAAAUGUCAUCUCUGGAAACUCAUGUAUGGUGAACAGAAAUCCAGCUGACUUCACCACACCCGAAACAGGAAAUGUCUAUAUGAUCAGAGGAGAAGAUCUGAAAUUUGAGAAGGGUAUUCCCAAAAACAAGUCUCACUUCCCCGUUCCAGAUGGACACAAGCAGCAGAGGAACUCGAAGGGAGCUAAGAUGAAAGAACAUUCAAAACAUUGAAAUCUGGUAUUUCAGCACCUGGAGUCUUCCAUGGAACAUGAAAAUAGCAGAUCCCUUUUAUUUUCAGUGGGUAGCAGAUCUUUUACUUGUAAACUGAAGUUAAUUGACUCAGGGAGGAGUUGACCAGAUGCAUUGUUGGAAGCUGAAUGAUAUUUAUAAAUCAGAUAUGGAAGACCAUCGUGCAUCUAUUUAAUUUACCUGUUGUAACUAGUAUUGAUGUGGGCAAACAUGUUUCUUUUUUAUUAUGUUAGUGUCUUUACAUUUAUGGGGAGGCCUCGCGGUAGCCCCUUCGUUUAAAAGUAUUAGUUUGGUGUCAUAAAGUUUACGGGAAAGCCUCAAAUUAGCCCCGUAUAGACUUAUAAAUUAUAAUACUAUGUGGUUACAUUUCAUACAAGUGCUUAAACCGCGCAAAAGAUAUAUAUAGUUUGUUGCUGA